AUGAGUCGUGCCUUAGUGGUGACAUCGCUACUUGCUUUGCUCGCAUUCCAAGUGAACAGCACCAACGAGGUCAACGACACAACUUGCGCGUCCUGGUGUUUGGAAGGAGACUUCAAUGUAUGUCUUGAGCGGGCAUGCCAGCAGUGCUCCCGGUGCACCUGUCCCGGAAGCGCUUGGGUUUACAGCAACAUCACCGGCCUUUGCUAUGCCCGGUUUCUCUCUACAGCGCACAUUUACGACUGUGCUUGUCGAUGUGCACAGUUUCAAGCGACCGUUCCCUGCGUCCGCUCCAGAGAAAACAACUUUGAGUUGGCAGCUUACGAUACUUGGAUUGGUCUCCACCAAUCGUCAAGGGAAUGGAAGUGGGUCAAUGGGUGCGGGAGCGACUACAGGAAUUGGGGUCCGUGGGAGCCAAGUGGCGAGUGUGAUGAACACAAUCGCUGCGAAGAUCACGCCAUUAUCGUGCAAGACUACAGGACCCAAGACGGGGACCAUUAUGCCGGUGUUUGGGCUGACGUCCGCCAUAAUGAGCGUGCAUACUGUGCGUGCGAGUACAACCCUCAGAACCCCACCCCUGCCGGCACUGCCUCUUGGGGGACCUGCACUGACUACACGUAUAGUGAGGCGGAGCUUACCCUAAGCCUAGCAACUUUUAGGUUUGGUGAGUUCGUCGCGGCAGCUCAAAAGCAGCUCCUUGGGGUGUUCAGCAUAGCCUUUCUGAUCGCAUUGAACUGA